AUGGUAGGAAUAGAAAAUUUCAAAGGCAAAAUAAUCCAUUCAAGUGAUUAUAGAUCUGGUGAAAAAUAUAAGGAUAAAAAGGUAUUGAUCAUUGGAUCAGGAAAUUCUGGGAUGGAAAUAGCUUUUGAUCUUUCAAAUUAUGAAAGUCACACAUCAAUUGUUGUUAGAAGUCCAAUUCAUGUUCUAACAAGGGAGAUGGUGUAUACUGCAAUGUUGUUGCUAAAAUAUUUACCAAUAUCUUUGGUUGAUACUGUAAUUGCAAAGUACGCGAAUUUUAAGUUUGGAAAUUUAGCAGAAUUAGGAAUACCACAACCAGAAGAAGGCCCAUUUUCUAUUAAAAUAUCAAAAGGUAGAUCCCCAGUAAUUGAUGUUGGUGCCAUUGACAAGAUUAAACUUGGACUGAUUAAGGUACUUCCUGGAAUAUCGGAAAUAAAGGAACAUACAGUAAUGUUUGACAAUGGAGAUGAACAUCAAUUUGAUGCAAUCAUUUUUGCUACUGGAUACAAGAAUAUUGCUACCAAAUGGCUAAAGGAUUAUAGCUCAAUAUUCCGUGAAGAUGGAACAUUGAUAAAUUGGAAAGGAGAGAGUGGGCUCUAUUGUGCUGGAUUUUCAAAAAGAGGGAUUGCUGGUAUUUCAAUGGAUGCUAUAGCUAUUGUCAAUGAUAUUAAGACCAUAGAGUCUGGUGGUAUAUUGUCCCCAUUUGAUUGUCCCCAGUUCGCUGAAGAUGCUUUUCCCCAACCUUUGGUAAACCAUUUUCCUUUUGACUGUCCACAGCUCACUGAAGUUAAUCCUUCCCAACUUUCGGUAGACCAUUUUCUUUUUGUCGUGAUAGGUUCAGAAGGUAUAGCUGAACUGAAUUCCUUUCUGAACCGUCUUGAAAGGGAGCAGCACGUCCAAACAACUGAUAUUUUAAUGUGGGUAUUUCGACAAGGCCAUCCAUAA